GAAAGGGAAAGCGAAGCCGAGAGCAGACUGAAAGGUAUCGCUUACAAACUACACAGAGUGUCAGUGGUUUGAUUUCACCAUCCUCUGGUUAGAAGGAGCUUAUUUGCUUCCAAGUAAAGUCUUCUGGUUGUCUGUUGGAGCUGCUGUCAAACAUCUGUUUCGGGCUCAGGAACCUUUCAGUGGCUCCCCUCUGUUCCGCCCGGAGGACUGUGGGGACGGGACCGUAAAUACACCUUAGGAACAGUUCCUAGGUCUGUCAGAACGGGCUCAGUCGUUCUCAAUGAGCCAGAGGAGCAGCUUGAGCCCAAGCUGAGCCGUGAAGUCCGUCUGUUCCGGGGUCCCGGUGUCAGCAGACCCAGACAUGGAGUGGUGUUGGCGGACAGGAGGAGCCAGCGGGCUGCUAUGCUCCCUGUCUCUGCUCUGUGUCCUAUUGGACAUCCAGCUGGACGGUGUCCUGGGCGCGACUCACGCCGAGAUCGAGCACCACUUGGAGAUGGGUCGCAAACUUCUGGCGGCCGGUCAGCUCGCUGAAGCCUUGUCCCACUACCACUCAGCCGUGGAGGGAGACUCUGAGAACUACCUGACCUACUAUAAGAGGGCUGCUGUGUUCCUGGCCAUGGGAAGAUCUAAGUCCGCUCUGCCCGAUCUGACCCGGGCCAUCCAGCUGAAGCCUGACUUCCUGCCAGCCCGGUUGCAGCGAGGAAACAUCCUGCUGAAGCAGGGCAACACUCAGGAGGCCAGGGAGGACUUUAGAAUGGUGCUGCAGCGCUCUGCAGACCACAAAGAAGCCCAGGAGCAGCUGAUGAAAACGAGAGAUCUGGAGAUCUUCCAGGAAGAAGCCCAAACUGCUUACCACCAGGGCGACUACAGCGGCACCAUCAACGCGUUGGAGAGGGUCAUAGAGAUCUCUCCCUGGGAUCCGGAGUCGAGGGAGCUUCGUGCAGAUUGUUACUUGCGAAUGGGGGAUCCUCAGAAAGCCAUCCAGGAUCUCACGCCCGCAGCCCGGCUACGCAACGACAACCGCGCAGCCUUCCUGAAGCUCAGCAGGCUGCUGUAUAACCUGGGAGAGCAUCACGACUCCCUCAACCACAUUAGGGAAUGUCUGAAGCUCGACCAGGAUGACAAGGAGUGUUUCAGCCACUACAAGCAGGUGAAGAAGCUCAGCAAGCAGCUGGAUUCUGCAGAGGAGCUGAUCCAGGGGGAAAGGUUUCAAGAAGCAAUUGAGAAAUAUGAAUCGGUGAUGAAGACGGAGCCGAACGUCGAGUUCUACACCAACCUGGCAAAAGAGAGGAUCUGCUUCUGUCUUGUUAAGCUCCAGCUAGCGACCAAAGCCAUAGACGUCUGCUCAGAGGCCCACCAGAGAGACCCUCGAAAUGCCAACAUCCUCAAAGACCGAGCCGAGGCCUACAUCCUCAACCAGGACUACGAGAAAGCUGUUGAAGACUACCAGGAGGCGCGGGAGUUCGACGGCGACAACAACGCCAUCAGAGAGGGUUUCGAACGAGCGCAGAAGCUGCUCAAAGUCUCCCGUAAAAGGGAUUACUACAAGAUCCUGGGAGUUGGCAGGAACGCUAAUAAGCAGGAGAUCAUCAAGGCGUACAGGAAGUUGGCGCAGCAGUGGCACCCUGACAACUUCCAGUCCAAAGCCGACAAGAAAGAAGCGGAGAAGAAGUUUAUCGAUAUCGCCUCGGCUAAAGAAGUCCUUACCGACCCAGAAAUGAGGCAGAAGUUCGACGCAGGCGAGGAUCCCCUGGACCCGGAGACCCAGCAGGGCGGCGGAGGCGGACAGAGGGCCUGGCCGUUCCACUUUAACCCCUUCGAGUCCGGCGGCAACUUCCACUUCAAGUUUGAGUACAACUAGAGAGCAGGACUCGACUCUGGACGUGUGUCGGCUCUUUCACUGGAUUUGUACAUCAGCCUGGACGCUGUUUAUUCAGAGACAUAAACUUGUGUUGUUUUUCAGAAAGGAACCACAAGAGAACUUAACUGUGGUAAAAGGUGGUUGAAGAAAGUGAAGGCUUUUUUUUAAAACCUCAAAUCUUUUCUUUUUUAAGAAACUGAAAGGUGCUGGAUGCAAGCUGUGGAUGUUUCUGCUCCCCUCUCUUUCUUUGUGCCUAUCUUUGAACCGUGUGGUGGCGGAGGACGAACGUCAACGUGCCGCUUUUUAUUCUUGCUCGCAGUAUUCUUCAAAGGAAUCCCAGCUUUACUAACUCCAGCCAACAAUCUUGACUGCAGCAGCAUCUCUACACCCGAGAAUCAAGACGUUUCUCUAGUUUCUGAAAUCAACAGCUUUCCGUUGAGCUCUUGGAUAAACGGUGAAACACACUGGAAUCCUGUGGAUCUUCUACCAGUGUGUUUUUGAUUUAAACUGAAAUUGGUUUCGAAAGCUUAUUUAGUGGAAAAUUAAGUGUAUAUACAGUACAGACCAAAAGUUUGGACACACCUUUCUAAUUCAAUGGGUUUUCUUUAUUUUCAUGACUAU